AUGCCAAGGAUACGGAAAAAAAGAUCAAACAGGGGCAACGACAAUGAACUGAUGAAGAGAGCUGCAAAUAUUUGUAUACAUGAGCAGAAAUCAGAGCGAUCAGUAGCUGAAAACCUAAUUAUUUGCCAUGUUAGUUUGAACCGGCAGAUUAAAAAGUUUAAAACUAGUGAGUUAGGUGAUUCUCCACCAAAAUAUGGUUACAAUCCACACACUAUAAUAUUUAAUAUAGACCAAGAAAUAAUGCUGAGCAAUUACUUAAAAACCUGUGCUGAUAUGUAUUUUGGAUUGAGCCCCAAUGAUGUUCGAAAGUUAGCAUUUGAAUAUGCAGUAAAAUUAAAUUUGAAAAUACCACAUUAUUGA